AUGACGACAUGGUCGUCAUCAAAGAGACCGCUGCGAUGGCUCGUGGCGGCUCUCGCCACUACUUCAAUGCUGUCGACAACACAGGCGCAGCAGCAGUAUUACAAGAUCGACACAAAAGAGGAAAUCCUUGAGUCGGCGCGAACACUAGCCUACGACAUGAUGCUUUUCUACAAAGGCAACCAAUCUGGCGAAAUCCCAGGUAUUCUCCCAGGUCCUCCAACGGAACACAAGGGCGACUACUACUGGUGGGAAGGCGGCGCGAUGAUGGGUACAUACGUCGACUACUGGCAUUUGACGGGCGACCCGAGCUACAAUCACGUCAUUAUGGAAGGCAUGCUUCACCAGGUUGGGCCGAACGCCGAUUAUCAGCCACCGAAUCACACGGCUUCACUCGGUAAUGACGACCAGGGAUUCUGGGGCAUGUCCGCGAUGCUUGCUGCCGAGAAUAAGUUCCCCAAUCCACCCGACGACAAGCCGCAGUGGCUCGCGCUGGCGCAGGCUGUGUGGACGACCCAGGCAUCUCCCGAACGUCACGACGGUACAUGCAACGGCGGUUUGCGCUGGCAGAUUCCACCAACCAAUGCUGGCUACAACUACAAGAACACGAUCGCAAACGCUUGCUUUUUCGAUCUAGGUGCUCGACUAGCGCGGUAUACCAAAAACAACACGUAUGCUGAAUGGGCUGAGAAGAUCUUCGAUUGGCUGUACGCAGUUGGUUAUAUCGACCACGAGACCUGGGCGGUGUACGACGGCGGGCACGUGGAGCACAACUGCACGGAUAUCAACCGAGCGCAGUUCAGCUACAAUGCAGCGCUGCUGCUGCACGGUGCGGCGUUCAUGUGGAAUUACACCGAGGACCAGAAAUGGAAGGACCGCGUGGAUAAUUUGCUUACCGGCAUCCUGCGCGACUUCUUUAAAGACGGUGUCGUCUUCGAGAUCCCCUGCGAGGGUCGUCAGGGUGCCUGCACGGCUGAUAUGCUCACUUUCAAGGGCUACGUGCACCGGUGGAUGGCUGUUGUUACGCAGAUUGCGCCGCACACCAAGGAUAGGAUUUUGCCAGUCUUGCGGACUAGCGCCGAGGCUGCGGUCAAGCAGUGCGUCGGUCCCCCGACGGGCCGGCGCUGUGGGUUUUAUUGGAAGUCAGGAAAGUUUGUCGAUCCGUCGGUUGACCAUACCAGCGGCGCGGGCGAGGCGAUGAGCGUGCUGGCUGCGGUGUCGAGUUUGCUGAUUGAGUAUGCGGAACCGCCUGCUACGAAUGAGACGGGUAUCAGUCGAGGUGAUCCGAAUGCUGGCAUGCGUAGUCGAGGCGCGGCGCAACACUUUCGGGAGAUUAAUGCCGGUGACCGGGUUGGCGCGGCCAUCUUGACAAUGUUGAUCUUAGGUGGCGCGAUUGCGACUUGGAGCUGGAUGAGCAUUGGUGAUUAA